UAGUUUUACUUUCCGGUGUCACCUUUGGACCGGAGAUGUUGAAAUGCCUUUUCCCUUCUGAUACCUCCUGCCUCCCCACACAUUGGCUCUGGUGAUUGUUCUGCAAACUGACUUCCCAUGCCAGCCUUCAGCCACAUUCCAUGGACCGGAAGCACCUCUGACCGACGGUGAACUCUGAAAGUGCAGAGGAGUGCGCACGAGAGGGCUGCGUGGGUGUGUGAUUGUGGGUGGGUUUUUUUUCUUUUCCUGUGGCCGACGGGUGCUCUGUGCCCACCUACAUGGCGCUAUAAAAACUACCUGCAUAUGUGGUCAGGGGCUGAUCACGCAGACACAACUGGAGUGUUACAGAUUUUUGUGCAUACUGAGUACUCCUACUAGUGCAAUGGAAAGCGAGUGAGCGAAAGAGAGAGAGAGCGAGAGUGAGAGAGAGAGACAGAGAGCGAGCGAGAGAGAGACAGCGAGAGAUUUGACCACCUGACAGCAGAAAAGCAGCCAGCCCCUUUGUGAGCUGCCGUGCCUGCUGGAGAGCGUCUCUCCGCCGCGACACGCGGAUGCACGCAGAUCGCCGCAGCCGGGAGACACACGGAACGCCCCGACCCGUCACGAUGCGCUGAGCACGCAGCCACGCAGCCCGAUCGCGGAUGCCGUCUUCUGAUAGUCAUCGUCACUGCGCCGUAGGACAUUAACCAUGGAAUCUCUCGCCGGUGACACAGAUGGUCUGGAGAGCGACUCGUUAAAGUACCCGAAAACUGAACAGACAGAGAAAAUGUGGAUGCGUCUGAGAGGAAUGCAGAAGUACAAAAACGCUUCGCAAAGGUUGAGGUGUCUGGUGAAGCAGCUAGAGAGGGGUGAGGUCAACGUGGUGGACCUGAAGAAGAACAUUGAGUAUGCAGCCUCUGUUUUGGAAGCAGUGUACAUCGAUGAGACCAGGAGGCUCCUGGACUCAGAGGAUGAGCUCAGUGACAUCCAGGCCGACUCGGUGCCCCUGGAGGUACGCGAUUGGCUGGCCUCCACCUUCACCAGAAAGAUGGGCGUCGUCCGUCGGAGACCCGAGGAGAAGCCCCGGUUCCGCAGCAUCGUCCACGCCGUGCAAGCAGGAAUCUUUGUGGAGAGGAUGUACAGAAGGACAUCUAACAUGGCUGGCUUAACAUAUCCUCCUGCGGUGAUUGCUGCUUUGAAGGAUGUAGACAAGUGGUCCUUUGAUGUCUUCACCCUCCAUGAAGCCAGCAGCGAACACGCUUUGAAGUUCCUGGUCUACGACCUCCUCACCAGAUAUGACCUGAUCAACCGCUUCAGGAUACCCGUUUCUGCCCUCGUCUCCUUCGUGGAGGCUCUGGAGGUGGGCUACAGCAAACACAGGAACCCUUACCACAACCUGACUCACGCUGCCGAUGUCACCCAGACAGCGCACUACCUGAUGCUUCACACCGGCCUCAUGCACUGGCUCACCGAACUGGAAAUAUUAGCCAUGGUUUUUGCAGCUGCUAUCCAUGACUUUGAACACACCGGAACCACAAAUAACUUUCACAUCCAGACCAGAUCCGAGGUGGCCAUUCUCUACAACGACCGCUCGGUGCUGGAGAACCACCACGUCAGCGCCGCCUACCGGCUCAUGCAGGAGGACGAGAUGAACAUCUUGGUGAACCUGAGCAAAGAUGACUGGAGGGAGCUGCGGACCCUGGUCAUCGAGAUGGUCAUGAGUACGGACAUGUCCUGCCACUUCCAGCAGAUCAAGACCAUGAGGAGUUCCCUACAGCAGCCCGAGGGAGUAGACAAGGCUAAAGCGCUAUCUCUGAUGCUGCAUGCAGCCGACAUCAGCCACCCCGCCAAGGCCUGGGAACUGCACUUUCGCUGGACCCAAGCCCUGAUGGAGGAGUUCUUCAGACAGGGUGAUAAGGAGGCAGAGCUGGGCUUGCCCUUCUCGCCUCUGUGUGAUCGCAAGGCCACCAUGAUCGCACAGUCACAGAUAGGGUUCAUUGACUUCAUUGUUGAACCAACCUUCUCUGUCCUGAUCGACUCGACUGAGAAAAUUAUUACUCCUCUUAUAGAGGAAGCUUUAAGAACAGCGGACUCUGGAGUCCAGAGGUCCAGCCUGAGCGGUGGGAGCAUGGGGACAGUGGUGGAGUCCGUGCAGAGGCACAGCGACCGGGGCUCAUCUGCUGAUCAAGGAGCUUCCACAGACUACUCCCUGGCUGGCAUCGACCUGAAGCAUGUGCGCCACAUGCUGGCCAGUGUCAUCCAGCAAAACAAGGAGUGCUGGAAGGAGCUGGCUGUGCAAGAGCUGGCCAAUAAGGAGAGGGAGAUGUCCUCUGGCAGAAAAGGCCCAGCGGGGGACGAGAAGGUCGAGGCCACUGACGGGACAGAUGCAGCGUCGUCACAGAACCGGCCGCAGGUGGACGGCGAGGCAGAGCCCAACGCAAACGAACUGAGCAAUGCAAACUCCCAGAGCUCCCUGGAGCAGGAGCCGCCUUCACCGCCAGCAGAGGGCGAUCUCGGGUCACCAGAGGCCGACUCGGACGCGCAGGCGCCCGACUCCGAGCAGCCGCCGUGGAACGGCGACGGAGGGGAGAACCCAGAGCCAUGCCAGGAGGACCCGGACGGCCCCUGAUGCCCACCGCCACAUCUUUGCUUCCCAGAUAUAGUUUUUUCUGUUUUUGUACAUUGGUUUUAUUUUCAGUCUUUAAUGUAUUGUUAUUUAUUAAAGACGGGGUCCCUGCCCCCCCUCGCCACACUA